UUUCUCUCUCUCUCUCUCUCUCUCUCUCUCUCUCUCCGCCUCUUGUCUCUGUUCCAUUUCAUUCUUCGCCUGUCCUCUUCCCGAACUUCUUAUUUCUCGUCCGUUUCUUGCUUUUCUGAUCUAAUCUGAUGGGUAUUCAGAAGAGUUUUGAGCCGAACGACAGACGAGAGCUCUAAAGUAACAACCUUUAUACGACGAUAUGAACAUGAAUCAUACUCAAUCUCGUCUUCUAUAAGGAUUGGUUUUGAUUUUGGGUUUAGCUGUUCUUGAAUCCUCGGAGGAACAAAGGGCGGAGAUGUCUAGCUACGUCGGUGUUCUUGUUUCUGAUCCAUGGCUGCAGAGUCAGUUUACACAAGUGGAGUUACGCACACUUAAAUCAAAGUAUAUUUCGACAAGAACUCAAUCGGGUCGCAUCACUGUUGGAGAUUUGCCGCCCGUUUUCGCAAAGUUGAACGCUUUCAGCGGGACAUUUGAUGAGGAUGAGAUCAAAUCUAUACUGGGGAAGUCUUAUACUAAUCCCGACGAAGAAAUCGAUUUUGAAGCUUUUCUUCAGGCCUUUCUAAGUGUUCAAGCACGAGGGAUCGAAAAAUCGGGAGGUUCAAAAGGAGGUUCAGCUUUCCUCAAGGCAAGCACUACAACUGUUCACCAUGCAAUCAAUGAAUCCGAGAAGGCUUCUUACGUGGCCCAUAUCAAUAGCUUCUUGAGAGAUGACCCUUUCUUGAAGAACUAUCUUCCUAUCGAUCCUGCCACCAAUGCCUUGUUCGAUCUUGCUAGAGACGGUGUUCUUCUGUGUAAGCUUAUAAACAUAGCUGUUCCCGGGACAAUCGAUGAACGAGCCAUCAAUACAAAGAAGGUGCUUAACCCAUGGGAGAGAAAUGAGAACCAUACUCUUUGUCUCAACUCGGCUAAGGCAAUUGGCUGCACAUUGGUCAAUAUUGGAACACAGGACUUGGCUGAAGGAAGACCCCAUCUCGUCCUCGGUUUGAUAUCUCAGGUUAUAAAGAUACAACUGUUGGCUGAUCUCAAUCUGAAGAAAACUCCUCAACUUGUAGAAUUGGUUGACGACAGCAAGGAUGUGGAGGAGCUUAUGGGGCUUGCUCCUGAGAAGGUUUUGCUAAAAUGGAUGAAUUUCCAUCUGAAGAAAGCCGGUUAUGAGAAGCAGGUCACAAAUUUCUCUUCUGAUGUGAAAGAUGGAGAGGCAUAUGCCUACCUGCUUAAUGCUCUUGCACCUGAACACAGUACACAAGUGACAUUAGAGACCAAGGAUCCUGCAGAAAGAGCAAAGAGGGUUCUUGAGCAGGCGGAGAAGUUGGACUGUAAAAGAUACAUUUCUCAUAAAGAUAUAGUGGACGGCUCACCAAACCUUAACCUUGCAUUUGUUGCGCAAAUAUUUCAGCAUAGGAAUGGGUUGUCAGUUGACAAUUCGAAGGUGUCAUUUGCUGAAAUGAUGACGGACGACACACAAACUUCGCGGGAAGAAAGAUGCUUCCGUCUCUGGAUUAACAGUCUCGGAAUUGCAUCUUAUGUCAAUAAUGUUUUUGAGGAUGUUAGGAAUGGAUGGGUUCUUCUUGAAGUUCUCGACAAAGUUUCUCCUGGCUCGGUGAACUGGAAACAUGCAAAUAAACCUCCCAUAAAAAUGCCAUUCAAAAAGGUCGAGAACUGCAAUCAAGUUAUUAAGAUCGGGAAAGAAUUGAGGUUCUCUCUUGUCAAUGUAGCUGGUAAUGACUUUGUGCAAGGAAAUAAGAAACUCAUACUUGCGUUUUUGUGGCAACUCAUGAGAUUCACCAUGCUCCAACUUCUGAAAAACUUGAGAUCUCACUCUCAAGGCAAAGAAAUUACAGAUGCAGAUAUUCUAAACUGGGCAAAUAGGAAAGUGAGUAAAGCGGGUCGAACUUCUCAAGCUGAGAGCUUCAAGGACAAGAAACUGUCAAAUGGGAUCUUCUUUUUGGAGCUUCUUAGUUCAGUAGAGCCAAGAGUAGUGAACUGGAGUCUUGUCACUAAGGGAGAAACAGAGGAGGAAAAGAAGUUGAAUGCCACUUACAUUGUCAGUGUUGCCCGGAAACUCGGGUGCUCCAUAUUCUUGUUGCCCGAAGAUAUCAUAGAGGUGAACCAGAAGAUGAUGCUUAUAUUGGUGGCAACCAUCAUGUACUGGAGCCUCCAGCAAAAACCAGACACGGAGUCCGUUGUCUCAGAAGACGCCAUUGAAGAGACAUAUACAAGCUCCGUGUCAGAUGAAGUUUCCAGCAUGUCUUUGGACAAUGCUGCUUCAGAUUUCCAUCCUGUUCCUAAGACUCGGGAGGAGGAAGAAGAGUCUUUUCCCGCUGUCUCGGACCAAGAAUCUCCCCAGAAAGCUCGGGAGGAAGAAGAAGAGUCCUCCUCUUCACCGAAUGCCACCGACCAAGAAUCUCCCCCAAAAGCUGAGGAGGACGAGUCCUCUCCCAAUAUCCCGAAAGAAGAAUGUCCAGCCAAGGCUGGGGAGGCAGUUUGAACGUAUAUCGCCUCCUCUAUACAUUCCGGUUUAAGGCUUGAAAGGAAAUGUUUCCGAGUUUUGGAUGAUAGGUAGCAAGAAAGGAGAAAGGGAUUAUACAGUUUUUUCAUAUACAAAGCUAUACAAACUGUACUGCAUAUUUGUGGAAAGGCCACUCGUUUUGGAAAGUGGCCAUCAUCCUUGUUGUUGUACAAUGGAAGAAGAUGCGUCCUUUGUUUUCUUCGUCA